AUGGGCAAACUUGACCUCGAGAGCCGAAGCCAAUUUUUGUUGCAGGAUCCCAAAGGGCCGCUCAUCAAAGUUGCUGCCGAGGAUGCCAAUGAAGAGACACGGUUCUUGGCCUACACAGCAUUGGGUGCACUGGCCGUGCUUCUCCCCGUGUCAGCGCAAGACCAGGUUGUGGCUGAGCUUUUGAAGCCACUGGCUGACAAGAAGGCACCAGAACGCGCACGUUUGGCUGCGCUGACAGCCAUGGCGCAGGUGACGCAACAAAGCGAAGGAAUCUCCAGGUCCUGGGCCGGCAGCUUUGUGGACAAGGCUCUGCCUUUGCUGACUCUGGCCGCCACCAAGCCUGCACAGCGGCUGCAGAGUCUUUUGGCCUGGGCCUCCAUUGGAUCAUUGGCGAAGGCCGACGAAGAAGCCUUGAGCUCCAAGCUGAAGAAGGAUCAGCUUAGCUUGAUCAAGGAAGGCGUCUCCUUCCUGAAUGCAAUUCCCACGAUCCAGAAAGCACCCAUGACGGAGCUAUCUUCUCAGGCACAACUUUGGCGAGCACUACUGGCAGGCCGAGUUCCUGGCAGCCCAUCUGUUGAUGAUGCUGCGAAAGACAUACCCUGGCUAGCUUUGCCACCAAAGCCGUUCGGAGAGGCACUGCCAGUGGCCCGAAGCACCAUUGUACUCCUCGCAGGCUUGUAUAGCACCUCUCCUGAGCGUAGCCUCAACGAGUCGGAGGCAGAGAAGCCGAGUCAGCUCCUGAGCCUCAAGGACAUCAUUCAGCAGCUGCAGGAGAAAGGCACCGACAGCACGCUGCUGUUGUUGGCACAGGCGCUGAUCGCUUGGCUUGCCGAGCUCGCUGCCCUGCCGAAGCCACAACGGCAGGUGAGCAGCGCAGCCUUGCGAAGCAUUCUGGUCGAUCUUUGUCACGCCGCUGCUGCCGCUGCCUCACUUCGUCCGGAGAUCAUUGGCUUGCUUUGCCUCGCGGCUCACCACCCGCUUCUGGGAUCGCGGCACUGGCCGCAGCUGAAGUACUGGAAAUGGCUCCGCUAUCGGGGCCCACUGGCAGCAUGCUUCGACAAGGCCAGCUCCAAUGUUUGGGCAACCCUCCGCGAUUUGAUUUGUGCCGGCCGAAAGCUUCCCCGGACCGAUGCCUCUGGCUGCCGCCUGGCUGCCAUCUCUUUGGCCUCCGCCUUCGAUGGCAGCGAGCCGGCACUGCACGAAGAGGCAGCUGCACUCGUCCGCGAGUGCGUGGCUGCGUUGCCCACGGAACAGGUUAGUGCAGAAGCAAUCGAGGACGUGAAGAUCUACUUUGCUCCGGAAGGCGUCUUGUGGAUCGAGGAGGGUGUCUAUGUGGCUGAAGAGCGGGAGAACAAGAACCUUCAAAAGAACAAAUACCUCGGCACAUUCGAGGAGGAGGAGGUAAAACAAGGCCCUUCGGCAUCGCGGCUCAAGUUUGCGCCCAAGGAGGGGGACAAGGCGAAGGAAAGCAAAGCAAAGGAUGGAAAAGACUCAAAGCCCGCAAAAGGCAAGAGCAAGGGCGCAGCCACGGCGGAGAAGGGAGCAAUGACUCAGGCCCAGAUAGAGGUGGCAAAGAUCCAGGAGCAGUCAGAAACAAGAGCACGCAUCCGAUGCUACGUGGACGAAGCGAGCUUUGCGAUGGACGUGAUGGUCUCCCUGUCCAGGAACGAGAGCAGCAAAGAGGCCUUCGAGGAGCUACUGCCAGAGCUCGUGCCGAGCUUCCUCAAGUUGUUGCAGUCGCCCCUGACGGUGCUGCAAACAAGGAGGUGUCUCCGAAGCCUCGUGAGCCUCGUGGUUCCACGGGAAAGCAUCACCAGGCGCGACCUCCUUCCGGAUGCGCUCAUGGUUGUGGGCAAGCACUGGCUGGCUCGCAGCCCUGCCAGCGCUGGCACCCCUGGAAAAGAGCGAGUCUGUGAGGUUGUGCUGGAUGGUGUGGACUCUGUCAGGAAGUUGGACAACUGUUCCGUGGCACUCAUCUUGCCCAUCAUCAUCCGUGCUCUCUAUGAUGGUGGUUCUUUGCUUCAGGUCCUGUGCACUCGCGCCCUUCACCUUCUCGAGCAUCAACUCGCACUGGGCAUGCAGGUGUCCGAGGAGACGGCCCAUGAAGUCUUUGACUCUUUGAGUGUGGUAUUGCUGGCCUUGCCCGGCAUGGCGCAUGGCACUCAGGCAGCCAUGGCUGCAGCCUGCAAGCACAUGGUGGCAUCAACCGAGACCUUAGGAAGAUUGGCACAAAUGUUCUUCUCAGAUGAAGAAUUGAUGCGGGAGUCCGUCAUCACAGCGUUGGGAGUUCUACCGGAGAACUUGCACGUGAAGGGGAGCUUCCUUGCGGAUGUCAACCUUGACCCCACAGGUUUGCUUGGCUGCAAUGUGGAAAAGAUGGAACUCGUCUCUCCGCAGGCAGAAGUGGCUCCCGGAGAGUCGCUCACUGCCUUGUCAGAGCGAGCCGGCUAUGUCCCACGGCCGCCGCUCCCAGAAGAGGACCCCAAGCCAGGAUUCCGAGGAGGAAAGGCGCUGUUCAUCUUUUUCCUUUGCAAUGCUGUCCCCUUCGCUGCCUUGAUGUACUAUUUGAGGGAGCAGAGGACGCAGAGGACGCAGAUGGCCCUGCUCUCGCUCCCGUCACUUCCGGAGGAUAUCGCGGCGGAGGUCCUUCGAGUGACUCGAACUUCUUCGGUUUGCUUUUUGCUUCAAGAUGCAGAGGCCACUGCAAACCGCGUUGCCGGAACACUACGAGUGGAUCCACACGCCCCGGAGGCUUCGGCCUAUGUGCCCCCGACAGAACCCCUGCCACUAGUACCACAGCUGGAGCGAAAUUUCCUGACGGACUUGGUGGAAUCUCCAGCUGUAAGCGGUCUUGGCUUCGUGCACUUCGCCGUCGCCAAAGCCUCUCCAGAGGGUCGUGCAGUUGCCGAAGGACGAAGGCUUCAUGUCACUUCUGUCCUUUUUCUGUUAUGUCUUUGA